UUAACAUAAAGCAAAGUGAAGUUUCAAUUUUACUUUUUAAUAACUUCUUUCAUAUUUGGUAUUUAUUGCUAGAAUGAGUCUUAGUGGACAUUCAUUAAUGACCAUAUAUUGACAUUUUAUUUUCACAAAGGUUUCCAUGGCAACUUCAGUUAUGGGAACCUAAGAGAUUUGCAUUCAGCUUAUCUUACCCUGGACAUUAGAUUCUGAAGUGUUUAUCAAUAUGUGAUAGUCACCCUCAGAAUCAUUUACAGAUAAGAUAUGAGACAUACCAUGGGGAGUACUCUGGGACAUGUGGGCUUGAAAAGAUUGUAAGAGCUUUUAUAAAGAGUGAUAGGUGUAUCAUGGCAGGUGUUUUUAAAAACAUGAUUCUUUUUCAGAUUGUCAGAUUUUCUGUUUGAGCAUUUAAAGAUAUUUCUGAGGUUUCAGGGGCUAUCAAUUAUAUAUAUAUAAACAUAUUUUCCAAGUUCUGCUUUGGUGUGAAUCAUAUUUGUCUCUUCUAAAGAUGAGCCAUAGGGAGGAACCUUAUGAAGUUCUGAGAUUUCUUCGGUCUCCUUCAGACUCUCAGAGAAGAUCAAACCCUGAUGGCACUCCAAGGUCUGGAACUGAGUUUUCAGUGCCCUGGCAUCUCAUUGUGGUGACUCUUGGAAUCCUCUGUUUUCUUCUCUUAUUUGCAGUCGUAGGUUUGGUGAUAAAGAAUUUUCACCAUAUUCAAGAAAAGCAUGAACAUCAGGAAAUUCUAGGAAAUCUCAAUCAAAAGUGCAACAUCAAGGAGCAACUUUUGGCCAAUAAAACCUUAGAAUACAACACUCUCAGAAAUGAAAGAUUUCUGCAGAAAAAUAAGCUGGCAUCAUCUUUAAAAAAGGAAGGAUGCUGUGCAAAAGGAUCUGUUCCUUCAAAAUCCCUACAAAAUCCAGGAGGACUACACUGUGAGGACCACUGGUCCUGUUUCCAUGUCAACUGCUACUAUUUUGUUCAGGAAAAGAAAAACUGGCAGGAAUGUAAACGAACUUGCCAGGAUUACAGCUCCUCGCUUUUGAAGAUAGACAAUGAGCAGGAAAAGGAGCGUGCAGUAGUGCCUCUUACAACAAAGAAUGUCUUUGCUUUGAUGAAGCACUUAGCUUAA